CAUAUCCGUCGAGUGUGAGCUAAAGUAGGGAAAAAAGGGGGGAAAAAGCAGCUCUUUAGAGGCUUUUGUGUAUGUUAACCGCUGUUCUAAACGCACGUUUUCCCAUCUCGCCAACUAUCCAAUUCAGUGUAUUAUUUUUUUUACAUUUGGCUGUUGUUAUUAGUCAGCUAACUGGCUGUAUGAGUUAGUAAUAGCUUAGUCGCUAAGGAUAGCAAGGUGCUAACAUCCAUGACCAUGAGCUCUGUUCACUCCUAUCCACCUGUUAAAGAAGAGGAGGUUUGCCUGACGGAGAAAGAGGGUAUGUGGUUGAAUAUUGUAGUUAAAGAAGAAGAUAAAGAGGUGACCGUUACAGAGGGAGAAAAGAGAGAUGCCGCGGAGAGAGAAGAGGAAGCCGCCAAUGAAGUGAAGGGAGGUGAGAUCACUGUCACGUUGAAAGAAGAGGACGAGGACGAUGCUGAGGAGCAAGAUCUAAUAAACGCGGGAGAUAGACUUAACUAUCCUGGAUCCUCUGAAGGGUCUCAACAAUAUCAAGAUCCUGACAAAUCAGAACACCGCACAAAACACCAGGCGAAACCCACAGGAAAGAAGAAACCUCACCACUGCUCUGACUGCGGAAAGAAUUUCACCUCUAAAACAGAACUUAAAAUCCACCGGAGAAGCCAUACAGGAGAGAAACCUUAUGGCUGCCCUCAUUGUAAAAUGAGUUUCUCUAGAUCACAGUCACUGAAAUCGCACUUGACAAUUCACACAGGAGAGAAACCCUAUAGUUGCCCUCAGUGCGAAAUGAGUUUCUCUAGAUCACAGUCAUUGAAAUCUCACCUGAGAAUUCACACAGGAGAAAAACCUUAUGGCUGUGAUCAAUGUGGGAAGAGGUUUGUUACAUUAGGCCAGUUGAAUUUACACCUGAGAAUUCACACAGGAGAAAAGCCUUGUAGCUGUGAUGUUUGUGGGAAGAGCUUCACUCAGUCAACACACCUAACUACACACAAACGAACCCACACUGGAGAGAAACCAUACCACUGUUCUGACUGUGACAAGCGCUUUGCUACCUCAACUCAGCUGACAGAACACCAGAGAACACACACAGGAGAGAAGCCUUGUAGAUGUGAUAUUUGUGGAAAGAGAUUCACUCAGUCAAUUCACCUGACUAUACACAAGAGAACCCACACAGGAGAGAAAGCGUACAACUGUUCUGAUUGUAACAAGCGCUUUGUUACCUCAACUAAACUAAUAAAACAUCAGAGAACACACACAGGAGAGAAACCUUACAGCUGUGAUCAGUGUGGAAGGAGGUUCACUCAGGUUGGUUACCUUACUACACACAAGCAAAUACACAGUGGAGAGAGGCCUUUUCUUUGUUCUGACUGUGGGAAGAGUUUUGUUAGGUCAGCACAUUUAAGAGUUCACCAGAGAACCCACACUGGAGAGAAACCUUAUAGUUGUAGUCAGUGUGGGAAGAGUUACUCUGACUCAAGGGUUCUGAUAAACCAUCAGAAAGUACACUCUGUGGAUCUCCAGAGUGUGGAAGGUUCUCCAACACCAGACCUGGGUAGUGAAGGUAGUGAACACAUUGUGAAGUGAUCCCUAACACGUGGCCUGACUAGCACAAAGACAUUUUACAAUGAAGGUUGAUAGAAUAAAGAUGGUAUAUGUCUGUAUUAUGUUGCGUAGGAACAAGUGAAAUUCCAGAUUGUAAACAUAUUGAAACAGUGAUUAGUAGUAAUAAGCAAGAUGUCUACAUUUUGCUGUAGCUUGGUGGUAGUUAUAAAAUAGCUGUAAUGUCUCAGUUGUUACAUUUUGCAGUUUUGUGGUCUAGCUAGCUAGCUAAUAAUAAUAAUAAUUUAUUAUUAUUAUGGGUUCCUAUUUGUCCUGUUUCUC